AUAUUUACAAAAUCUAUGGCCCAAAUUUAUUGUGAACCACAUAAUAGAAGGUGGGGCAUGUAUCGAAUCCUGAGCUUUCCCAAAAUCCAACCAUUAUUUUCUUUCUCCCCUCUCAUGGCUUCCACAGCAACACCUUCUCCACAAAUUCUAUUAUUCAAUCCCAUCUUAGGAAACACAAAAACAAUUAGAGCAGUAAGGUUUUAUAGAACAACCACUCACAACAGAUACACCACUCUGAAUGUUUACGGUUCUAAAGACUCUCAGAGUCCUCAGAGAGCACCACCUGGAGUUGACACAAGAAUCCACUGGGAGAAUGAAGAUGAAGGUUGGGUUGGAGGUAGCACUAAAAGUAGUGAAAAAAAGAAACAAACCAAUUCAGAGGAAAAACCUAAUAAGCUGUUGGGUGAAGACUUUGGUGAUUUACUCAGUUUUGAAGGUUCUCAUUAUGAAUUCUUGGGAGUAUCCCCGGAGGCUGAUUUAGAAGAAAUUAAAGUAACUUUCAGGAAAUUAUCAAAGGAGUAUCAUCCAGACACAACUUCUCUCCCAUUAAAAACCGCCUCAGAAAAAUUCAUGAAACUAAGAGAGGUUUACAAUGUUCUUAGCAAUGAAGAAAGUAGGAGAUUUUAUGAUUGGACCCUUGCUCAAGAGGUUGCAAGUCGCCAACAAGAGAAAUUGAAAAUUAAAUUAGAAGAUCCUUAUGAGAUAGAAUUGAAGAAUUAUGAACCUGUUCCAGACAUGGUUGAUAGACUUGGUGGAAAGAAUAUGAAGCUUAGUGAUCAAGCUGUCUCUGCUCUCACUAUUGAUAUUUUUAUCAUUAUUUUUGCCAUAUGUUGUGUCACUUAUGUAGUUUUCUUUAAAGAACCAUAUUACUGAUAAUUACUCAACCAAUUAGAAUCUGUAUAUGGGAAAUUGUAUAUGUGAUGCUACAGAUUAAAUAUAAGAUUUUACAUCGUUAAAAGAA